GCACCUAAUGCCUCGUGCCUCGUUCGAGUUCGGCGCCAACCGUAAAACUAUAUACUUCUAAAGUAUCCUUCAGUCGAAACUGACGUUUUUAUGAGUAUUCAAGUGACAAUUUAAAGUGCAUAAUAACAAAAGUUAAAUUUAUAAUUUACUUCCUCCUAUUUGCACGAAGCAACUACUUUCACAAAUCAGAGCAUAAUAUUGCUGUGAUAAAUAUAAUUUCCAUUCAGAUCCUUCAAGUAAUUAUCAAAAAAAUGGAUUUAUCUGAUAGUGGUAGCUCAUCAGAUGAUGAUAAUCUGUACACAAGUGCUGCAACUGCAUUGAAAGCAUUGAAUAGCCGAAGUAGAAGAAAAAUAAGGGAAGAAAGUUCUGAUGAGAGUGAUGAUGAUUUUAAACCUCCAUCACCAAAAAAAAAAUCUCCUAAUACAAGUCAAGCAGAGAAAAAUAUAGUAAUAACAGAUGAUUCAGAAGAAGAAGUAGAAGAGCAACCAAAAAAAGCAAAGACAACCAAAAAAUCUGCCGCAGCUCACAAUAGUUUGAAUACAAAUGAAAAGAAAAAUCCCCGUCAAACUUCUAGAUCUACAAGAAAUUCUAAUAGAAUCAAUGGCGCUAUUCCAAAACAAGCAGUAGAAGCUUCUGCUGAAAUAACUGACAGUGUUGAUCUCAGCAGUGAUGAUGAUUCUAAUGAACCAAAAGAACAAGCCAAUAAUUCUAUUGUUGAUGAUUCUUUGAAUAUAACUAAUGAUAGUUAUGUGCUUAUUGGAUCUCCACCCGCAUCUGAAAAUGAGACUAAAGAUGAUUACGAAGCAACUAUUAGAAUCGUAUGGAGAUCUGGAGAUGUUGUGAGAUUCAGUCUUUUUAUGACUGAAACAUUCCAAAAAAUAUUCAAGCACUUUGCUACUUUAGAAAAAGUGCCAGAAGAUCAAGUUUUAAUUACAAGAAAAGAAAAACCGAUUAAUCCAUUUGAUACCCCUACGUCAAUUAAUUGGUCAAUAGUGGAUAUGUUUGAAGGAGGAAUUUUAAGUGCGGAGUUGGUUAGAAACCAUAAAAAUAAUAAUUCAAAUAAACAAGGUCCAAUUGAUGACUCGAUUAAAAUCAAAAUUCAAACAUUUGAUAAAAAAACUCUACAAAUGACAUUGAAACCAGAUGAACCUUUCAAUUUGUUGAUUAAAAAAUGUUCAGAAGAAUUGAAAAUUGCAGCAUCAAAAAUCAAACUUUAUUUUGAUGGGGAACAAAUUGACUCAGAAGAAACUCCUAAAGAUUUAGAUGUAGAUGAUGAAGCGUGUAUCGACUUAAAAGUAGCAAAGUAGAUUGAUUGUUAAUUUAUUUAUACUUAUUCUUGUGAAGAUCAUAUCUUAACAGAAUAUACGUAUACAUAAACUUUGUACAUACAAAUCGGAUAAUCUGUAUUUUUUUAUCAAAUUUUUAUAAUAAAAUAAAUUUUUUACUGAAA